AUGUUUGAGGCACUGUAUCCGCACCCCGAGGACCGGCUACAGCUACGGCUGCACCGUGCCCGGUCGGUGAUCCUGACCUCGGAAGAACUUGUGGAGAUCCGUGCUGCCCAGCGCACGUUCGAGGGUGCCUACAUGCGCACGGCGCUGUCGCAGUUCUCCUUUGCGCUCGUUGUGCUCAAGAUCUUUACUGCCGAGUUCUAUGCCAUUGGCGCGCUCUUUGCUGUCUACGGCGCGGCUGUCAUGCUCGUUGCCAUCUACCGCCGGUACGAGGGCAACCGGCAGUUUUUCAGCACCCAGGAGGAGGCCAAGGAGGAGGACAACAGCCAUGGCGACUACUACGACGAGACGGUCGACGGCGAGCAGCCGGGCCAAGCAAGCACAACAGGCGCGGCCCACCUCUUCCAGCAGCCGCACAUGACGCACUCCGGCCACCGCAGCACAGUCUACACGCGCAUGGUCACGAAGAAGAAGUUCCGCACGAGCGGCAACAGCGUGGCCAUGUUGAGCUUGUUGAGCAUUUCUGCGUACAUUACGUUGAUUGUGCUGCUGUGGCGGUUGCAGGACUGA